AUGAAGGUGGAAGAAGAGAAGGUAGGGGCUAGAAAGCUGGACCCCACAAGCUACAGGAGGAGACAACCAGAUUUUCCCUCCAUACACAUUGGUUUUCCAGUCCCCAGUUAUUCUCAAAGAAAAAGGGAUUUGAAGGGACAUCUUUCAGGCCUGCAAAAAGUCCACUGGGCCCUGCAGCCAGACAAGCCACAGCAGGAGGUGUCCAGCCCAGGCGGUGUGGAUCUUACCAACAAGACUCGGUCUCCAGCUGCUGAGCAGCUCCAGGACAUCCUGGGGGAGGAAGAUGAGGCUCCCAACCCCACCCUCUUCACAGAGAUGGACACUCUGCAGCACGAUGGGGACCAGAUGGAAUGGAAGGAGUCAGCCAGGUGGAUAAAAUUUGAAGAAAAGGUAGAGGAAGGAGGUGAACGCUGGAGCAAGCCCCACGUGUCCACGCUGUCACUGCACAGCCUCUUUGAGCUCCGCACCUGCCUGCAGACGGGAACAGUGUUGCUGGAUCUGGACAGUGGCUCUUUGCCACAGAUCAUAGAUGAUGUCAUUAAGAGGCAGAUAGAGGAUGGGCUUCUGCGGCCAGAACUCCGGGAAAGGGUCAGCUAUGUACUCCUGAGGAAGCAUCGUCACCAGACCAAGAAGCCUAUUCACCGCUCCCUUGUGGACAUCGGGAAGUCAGUCUCUACCACAAGUCGCAGCUCUGCCCGGAGACCCUUGGCAGGCCCAAGUCUGCACCGCUCCACUGAAGACCUGAGGAUGCAGCAAAGCACCAGUUACGGACAUCUGUGUCAUGCCCAGAGCAAAAGCAUGAAUGACAUCUCUCGUACCCCAAACACAGAUCAGCGGAAAAACAAAUUCAUGAAGAAGAUCCCCAAAGACUCAGAAGCCUCCAAUGUGCUUGUGGGUGAGGUGGACUUCCUGGACCAGCCUUUCAUUGCAUUUGUACGUCUCGUCCAGUCUGCUAUGCUGGGAGGGGUGACAGAGGUGCCUGUCCCCACCAGAUUUCUGUUCAUACUUCUGGGACCUUCAGGGAGAGCAAAGUCCUAUAAUGAAAUUGGCCGAGCCAUUGCAACCUUAAUGGUGGAUGAUCUCUUCAGUGAUGUGGCUUAUAAAGCCAGGAACCGGGAAGAUCUGAUCGCAGGAAUUGAUGAAUUUCUAGAUGAGGUCAUUGUCCUUCCCCCUGGAGAAUGGGAUCCGAACAUCCGAAUUGAACCGCCCAAAAAAGUACCCUCAGCCGACAAGAGGAAAUCAGUCUUCUCCCUGGCAGAGCUGGGCCAGAUGAAUGGCUUGGUGGAUGGAGGUGCUGCCUCGGCUGGAGGAGGCAGCGGUGGUGGUGGGCCUGGUGGCAGCGGGGCUCCUGAAAUGGGCAGUGGUGACGAGGCUGAGAUGCCAGCUGUGCACGAAAUCGGGGAGGAGCUGAUCUGGACUGGAAGGUUCUUUGGUGGACUGUGUCUGGAUGUCAAGAGGAAGCUGCCCUGGUUCCUAAGUGACUUCUAUGAUGGCUUCCAUAUCCAGUCCAUCUCUGCCAUCCUAUUCAUCUACCUCGGCUGUAUCACCAAUGCCAUCACCUUUGGUGGGCUUCUCGGGGAUGCCACCGACAAUUAUCAGGGAGUGAUGGAGAGUUUCCUGGGCACUGCCAUGGCUGGCUCUUUGUUCUGCCUCUUCUCGGGACAGCCUCUCAUCAUCCUUAGCAGCACGGGGCCCAUCCUCAUCUUCGAGAAGCUCCUCUUCGAUUUCAGCAAGGCCAAUGGCCUGGACUACAUGGAGUUCCGACUCUGGAUUGGCCUACACUCAGCUAUCCAGUGCCUUAUCCUGGUGGCCGCAGAUGCCAGCUUUAUCAUUAAAUAUAUCACCCGCUUCACAGAAGAGGGCUUCUCCACCCUCAUCAGCUUCAUCUUCAUCUAUGAUGCUAUCAAGAAGAUGAUUAGUGCCUUCAAAUACUAUCCCAUCAAUACAGACUUCAAGUCCAACUCCAUCACCACCUACAAAUGCGAGUGUGUUGCUCCCGGCACAGUGAAUACAACUAAUGCUUCAGCCCUGCCGACACCAAACACCAACGCUUCUCUGUCCAAUCCCCUUAACCUCACAGCGUUGGAUUGGUCCCUGCUGAGCAAGAAAGAGUGUCUGAGCUACGGCGGGCGCCUGCUUGGGAACUCCUGCCAGUUCAUUCCAGACCUGGCACUCAUGUCCUUCAUCCUUUUCUUCGGGACAUACUCCAUGACCUUGACUCUGAAGAAAUUCAAAUUCAGCCGCUAUUUUCCUACCAAGGUCCGGGCCCUGGUUGCUGACUUCUCCAUCAUUUUCUCCAUCCUGCUAUUCUGUGGAAUUGAUGCAUGUUUCGGCCUAGAGACCCCCAAGCUGCACGUGCCCAGUGUCAUCAAGCCCACACGGCCUGACCGAGGCUGGUUCGUGGCCCCCUUUGGGAAGAACCCAUGGUGGGUGUACCCCGCAAGCUUCCUGCCGGCCCUGCUGGUGACCAUCCUGAUCUUCAUGGACCAGCAGAUCACAGCUGUCAUUGUCAACCGGAAGGAGAACAAGCUGAGGAAGGCUGCUGGCUACCAUCUGGACCUGUUCUGGGUAGGCAUCCUCAUGGCCCUGUGCUCCUUCACGGGGCUCCCCUGGUACGUGGCUGCCACUGUCAUCUCCAUCGCCCACAUCGACAGCCUCAAGAUGGAGACAGAGACCAGCGCCCCUGGGGAGCAGCCCCAGUUCCUGGGGGUCAGGGAGCAGAGAGUGACUGGCAUCAUGGUGUUCAUUCUGACAGGAAUCUCUGUCUUCUUGGCUCCUAUCCUGAAGUAUAUCCCCAUGCCAGUGCUCUACGGAGUCUUCCUCUAUAUGGGCGUGGCCUCUCUCAAUGGCAUCCAGUUCUGGGAACGCUGCAAACUUUUCCUGAUGCCAGCUAAGCACCAGCCGGACCAUGCUUUCCUGCGACAUGUGCCCCUCCGCCGGAUCCACCUCUUUACUCUGGUGCAGAUCCUCUGCCUGGCAGUGCUCUGGAUCCUCAAAUCUACCAUGGCUGCCAUCAUCUUCCCCGUCAUGAUCCUGGGCCUCAUCAUCGUUCGAAGGCUCCUGGACUUCAUCUUCUCCCAACAUGACCUGGCCUGGAUUGACAACAUCCUCCCAGAGAAGGAGAAAAAGGAGACAGACAAGAGGAAGAAGAGAAGAAAAGGGACCCAUGAUGACAUUCAUGAGGAGCCCCAGUUCCUUCCUCCCUCAGUUAUAAAGAUUCCCAUGGAAAGUGUCCAAUCUGAUCCCCAAAAUGGUAUCCACUGUGUUGCCAGAAAAAGAUCUUCCAGUUGGAGUUACUCACUCUGAUUCUUUCUUCAGUGGCUCAGAACUGGAUCAAAGCAUCACCCUGCACUUCAAAAUCUCUCGUUCGGCUUCGCCUGCUUUCACCUACUCACGGAGCCCUGCCUUCAUGGUGCCGCAGGUGAAGAUAGAGAUGGAGUCUGACCUAGACUUCACAGACACUGAGGACUAUGGGAGAGAGGCGGAUGGUGAGACCACCCUCUAGCACAAUGCAGUUUUUUCCAAGCUGGGGACCAGCCCAGUCUUCAUAAAUGUGGGUCAAGUCCUUCACUUGUUUCCUUAUUCACUGACCAGAUUUAAUGUGGGUCAAGCCCUUCACUUGUUUCCUUAUUCACUGACCAGAUUUAAAACUGGAGGCCUUUCAGUGAAGUCCUGGAGACACAAAGCUCUCCCUUCCCUUCGCCAUUAAAACAGCUAAAACAGAACCAUGUAUCUUAAAAUACCAUCCAGCCUAGAAAGGGUAACAUAUCUUUUCAAGUGAGCAGAAUUGUCUCAAAGUCUUAGUGACCAUAGUGGGUUUAUAUUUAAAAUAUAUACCAAUUAAAUUUCUCUUAAAAAUUAGACUGAAAUCCAAAUGACUUGAAGGCCCCAGUGUUUCACAGGUUUGCACGUUUUAGGAAAUGCUGGGGGGAACUAUCUUUUCUCUCCACCUCAUUCUGCUUGAGUUUGAGUCCUCUGCACCAUGGGCCUGAGUCUAGGAGUAUGGCUGGGCCUUCCCCAGACUGAAAAGUCAGCUCCAAGUCUAUUAAUGAAAAGACCAGUUCAUGAGUAGAUUUGAAGACGUGGGGAAUAGGGUCUCAGUAUUCAGCCCUGGAUGGCCCAGAACUCACUAUGUAGAACAGGCUGGCCUCAAACUCACAAAACCCACCUGCCUCUGGGAUUAAAAAAGUGUGCACCUCCAUGCCUGGUUGAGUAGAUUUUAAAACAAUAGUUUUCUUUCAACUGAACUCUUAAGCCACAUCAGAUCAACAAUAUAACCCUUUAAAUUUAUGUCACUGGCUUCAUAACCUGGAGUCAGUUAGUUGAAGCAUUUGGGUAGGUCCUUCCCAAAAUCUUUCAAUAGCCAAGGCCCAAAUUUUCAUUUUCAUAAACACUUCAUUUACAUUUUGUAAGAUUAUAACUUUGCUCCGUUAAUCAAACUAGUAUUCUGCAGAAAUGGUUGUAAAAAACACCAUUCCUAACUCAGAACUGCCUAGCUCUUCACCAAUCCGAAACCAUUUAAGUUUCAGUUCUUUAUCAUGCACCAAUCCAGUGUUGUACAAGUUCCAGAUUAAACUGUAGCAAUGUUAUGGAUUCAGAGGUAAACACGCUUGAGUAAUCAAACAGGCUGGAAACCCACAGUUAGUUUUUUAUCAUUGUAAAUUGAUCCAUGCAACUUUUACCUUAAAUGUCAUUUAUAUUUUGUAUAUAUGUGAACAUCUUAACUUUGAUAGCCUUUAGUGGGUUGGCAUAUUCUCUAUUCACUAAGAAUUUUUUUCCACUUCUAAUGUAAACUGCUUCAAUAAAGCUUAAUUGUG